GAGAGAGAGAGAGAGAGAGAGAGAGAGAGAGAGCGCACUCGCGGUAUAUCAACUGUAUGUGAAAUGAGCUAUUGUUAUCAGAUAAAUACCUCGUCGUUAAACAAGCUGAAGAUACAGCACCCCGGCUAAGGUACAUGUAUGUGGACUAAGAUAGAUAUAUCUCUACUCGUAUGAACAAGUUGCUUGUGUACGGUUGUUUAUUGUUUUAAAACGUAUCAAAUAUACUCCGAAUCUGAUUGCUGAUUUGAAAUGAAUCUUUCCUCCAAAAUCAUCACCACGUCUUCUCACACACAGAACAGGGGGGCAUGUGACUGGGGCUGGUGCGGACUAGUGGGGUACGGAUCACAUCGUUACGUAGUGGUGGCGGAUCUAGCUUCUUCACAGGUUACUCAAGUUCUUGGUAUCCACAAAGAAAACGUCACUUGCGUCAAAUGGAAACCUGAGGACACACACCAUGACGUUGUAGUAAAUCCCUACACGUUGACAUUAGCAGCAGGCGAUACGUCAGGUGACGUCAUCAUAUGGAACGUCACGAAAGGAGAACUCAAAUCAACGUUUUCCGGUAAUGGUCGGUCGGUGCGAGAUAUUACAUGGAAUACAAACCCAGAAACGAGCGAAGCAUCAAUACUCGUGUUAUACAACAAAAGUGAUGUCAUCAUGUGGGAUUUUCUGACUUCAUCACAACUAUGGAGAACCUCGUUUUCAGAACCUGUUUCAAACAUAUCCAUCGAUCCUUUCAACAGAAAUAAUGCCAUUUUUCUGUGUGACGACAGCUCUAUCCUGAUGAUUGAUGACCUUCAGCCAAGAGCUGCACCAUCUCAGAAAUACAGGCGAAUCAAUUUUUAUGGAGCAACAGGACCUUCAAAAGAAACAGUACAACCUGGUGAGGACUCCGGAGGUUUAAGAAGAAACUCCUCUUCCUUGAACAAAUUCAUAAAUAUGACAACGUCUCUCAUCACGGGAAGUGCCGAUUCUAGAUCAAGCAGGAAAAGCGUCUCGGAGGAUGACAAGACGUCACAGUGUCUACAGGUCGUCUAUCAUCCGGGCAUUCGUCACGUGGUCUUUAUGGUGUACCCUACUCAAGUAGACAUCAUCGACGUCGAAGUCUGUAUCGUUGUGUCCACCAUUCGGCUUGACUCCAAGUCGUCUUUCUUUGUGCGGGUGUUACCAUGUAAACAGAAGGAUGUCCUAUAUUGUCUUCAUGAGAAUGGCUGCAUCACUAUACGUGUCCGACGCCAAGAUAAGUCACACUGUACUUACACAGAGAGCCAAAGGACCCAGCCAAGCACACCUGUGUCCCCAGAAUACGUAGAAGCCCCAUCAGAGAGAUCAGAUAUAGCCUACGACUUGAUAUGGCAGUCGGACGCCGUGCGCCUCAGUAACCAGAGCACUGUCUAUGGAUUCUGUGUACAUCCGGGCUCUGAAACAGGAGCGGCGCUCAUUUUCAGUGACGGCAAGAUCCUGCUCUGGGAACUUGUUAAUACACGGGACAGCGGUUGGAUAUUAGAAGACGUGCUUCCAGGACUUAGCGUCAAAGGGCAGAAGAACUUGCUCAUGGACGGGAACCGUUUUCUGCUGACGGGGAUGAUCAAAGGGUUUCCUUCUUACAUAAGUACUAUCAAAUCCAACUUGCAGAAGCCUUUGACCACCAUAAAUGGCAUGGAGAGUAAACCCAAGGAAGCCCUUCUAGCGCUGGGAUUGGACAAUGGGGCAAUUCUAAUACUCGACAUUCAAACUGGACAUAUUGAAAGAGAACUCAGUGUUCAUUCAAAUACAGUAAAGGGGAUCGAAUGGCUUUAUCAAGACACCCUGUUUUCUUGGACGUGUUCGAGAAGUGGAGGUUCCAGUUCAAUGGGCCGGAACGAAAUUUUGCUGACCACCAUUCAGUCAGGUAUGGUUGAGGUUUUCAGACACCGAAAUAAACUAGAAAGCAUAAUCACGGAUAUCAAGGUAUCCCCUCUCAGGCAGUACGCAGUGAUCAGCUUUAAAGCCCAAGGCCUGGAGGUGUGGUGCCUACAGACCAAGUCUUUGCUCAGAGAAAUGCACGACAAGUUCCACCACCCGCGUGCUUUGACAUGGGCACCAACGUUUACAUGGAAGACUGUUGUCAUACAUAGAACGCCCAAUGUUAUCAACAAAGACUUCUCAGAAAUGAGCCAAGCGGACAUACACAACCUCCUGCAUGACCGUGAGAGCCGGCGGGUGGCCCGGGAACAGUGCGUGCUGGCGGACAGGGACGGGGCGAUCUGUCGCAUCACGCUGGAGGAACGAGCCAUUUCCGACCUCACCAUUUUUCCUCCUGAGGUUAACGGCAUGUCGUCAGUGACACACAUCGCCAUGAAAGAUGAUAUCAUGAUACUCGGUGACGUCACUGGCGCAUUGUACCUCAUGAAUACUUCCAAGAAAACUAUGAAAAGUGCACCUAAGCCGUACUCUGGGAUGCGGACCAUUCUGUUUCAUCCCACCAGCACGGACCAUCGGUUCUCCGUGAUGUACGACCAGGGGAUGGAUGUAUGGAUGUUACCCCAGAAUCAGGACCAGUUGAAGCUUUUGAGAUCAUUUAAGCACAAUAAAUCUACCCCAAAAAUACAGAUCAUGGAAUGGGCGGAUCUUAACCAUAUCAGCAUGGUGAUGGAUGACGGAAGUAUCCACAUAGUGGAUAUAACGUCAUCAAAAAUCACGUGUUCAUGGAUUCAACGGAAUUUAAUGAACACGGAGUUCUGUCCCCAUACUCUGCCCGCCCAAGCCUCCACAUUACUGAAGUAUCUGCUACAAAACGCCAGCUCUCCUGACAUGGUCUAUAGACUGAGCAGUGAUAAAGAGUACCUACGGCCCUGCAUCGACGAUCAGUUACAGCUUAUCGACAGGGACACAUUGAACCGUUUGACACAUAUCAACUCUAGUACUGGACAACGUUGUUUGCUAACUGCACGGGUGUUUGGUGACGAGUUCGAUGUGAACUUUUGGACCGCGGCUCUUUAUUUCUUAUCUCGUGCAAGAGAUCAACGUGACAAUUUUAAAGACCAACUUCUUCUGUCUAUGGAUGAUUGCCAAUCACUGACAUCCACCGGAAGUACAGUAGAAACCGGAAGUGAUGCUGUUCAUAGUUCUGACAGAAUACUACUCGAUUGCCUCCAAUCCCAGUCUUGUUUUUUGAGACAACAGCUACACAGAGUGGAGCAACACAACAAAAAGAGAACAUCCACAGAGCACAGGCAGAAGUGUAUAGAACAUUUCACCAUGAUGGGAAGAGAAGAAGAGGCGACUAAAAUUCUACUGGAAACGGACUUCCAAUCCGGACACUAUCGUGAAGAUUAUUUACAAGCAUGUUUGAUGUCAUGUGACAGAACCAAUACAACAGCACAAAGCACUCUAAAACUUGUAGCCACACAUCUUAUCAUUUCGGGAAAACUACAAGAGGGGGUAGAGAUCCUGUGUCUUCUGGGUAAGGUAUUGGAUGCAUGUAAAUAUCUACAGACCUACGACCAAUGGCAACAGGCAGCAUGGCUGGCGAAGUUGAUGUUAAGCGACAAAGAAUGUGAAGAAAUAUAUUUGAAGUGGAUAGAGCACCUAAUAUCUGGCAAACAGAUGCUGCAAGCUAUAUUCAUCAUGAUGUCAUUAGGAAAGUUUGAUGACGUUUUGAAAACGCUACUCUACAUUGGUUACCUAGAGACGGGGGUCUCUUUUCUCAAAGCCUGUCAAGAACAUGGAUUCCAGUUACCAAAAGAUGAAUCUGAGGCAAUCCUGGAGAAAUACGGCUCACAUAUAGAACGAUUGGGAUUGGUCGUAUCAGACUGACUCUCCUUGUGUAGGUAUGUGUACGUAUUGAUAUAGAGGAAGCUGAGAAUCUUAAAAAGAACCAUCUUGUACGCAAUUUAGCUGUCUCGUAUUUGUACGUGUGAUCAGAUGAUUAAUAUGUGUGCACAAUUAUCAUUACACAUACUAGUAAACAUAAUUAUUAAUAUUUGACUUGCAAACAGUGUGAACCAAUACAUAUACUUGCUACUUAAGAUCUACCUAUUUGAAUUGUCAAUAUACAAUGCAGUUUUAUCCCUUGAUGUGUCAUCUUCCCAUCUUCUCACAAAGCGAUGUGGAUCAGAAACCCUUGACUUAGGAAGAUGUUGAUGUGUCAAUUAGUUUCAGCACAGAAUGUUGUAAAAUACCCAGGAUUUGAAAAAUAUAAUAUAUAUAAUCAUAUCUAUUCUUUGAUGUAUACCAUAUUUAGUUAUAAGUACAAUGUAUACUUAUUAACGAGUUUCUUGUCCUUUGUUUUCAUGUCAAAGAUACAACUCUAUGUGUAUAUUAGACUGAAGUCAUAUAUGUCCUAUUUCUGAAUGUUGCAAGAGCUUGUAGAAUUUCUGAAAGGUAAACUAUCUGUAUAUCUGGUCAAAAGGUUGGCUUCUAAUAAAACGUUGAUGGAAAAGACAGAUAAAAAUGUCAUAUAGAUAAUCUUAAUCAGAUAAAGAAAAUUCUGAUGUCAACAUGAAUAAAAAACUAUUAAAAACAGCUGUAACGGAUGACAAACGGUUGUCUGUUUAAAAAAAAAUGAAUUUCAAUUAAGGAUUUGUAGUAUAGAAAGCUAAAUGGC